CUCACCCAUCUGCUCUCGCCUGCUAUCUUGACCACGUCGAGGUGGUAGCGAUCCAUCCAGCUUGGCCUUGGUACACCCUUCUCCUUCCUCCUCAUCACCCUCGAGAUGCCAUCCUGCUUCUCUGCCCUCUUGCCACGUGCUAAGAGCACCCGGCGUCAAGAAGAGAAGCCCGCCUCUCCUUCUCGUGAGGAGAAGCUUCCCUCAUCGCUAGCACGCAGCGCCCAUUCUUCCUGCGGACAAUGCACAGCAUGGAGUAGUGAUCUUCUCCCUUCAUACACCGCUCAAGACCUCAAGAGCUCCGCUAGCUCCCCUUCCACUCCCUUGCCUAUGAGCUCCCUCUCCCACUCCCUCGCCCACCAUAUUCACAAUGAGCUCCAAAACCUCUCGCCAACUCUGCGCGAUCUUUCUCUCAAGAUGUGGGACUUGCAUGAGCCGGCCUUUACGGAGCACAAGACACACGAUCUCUUCGUAGACUUUUUCCGUGGGUUGGACAAGGAAGGGUGGAAGAUUACCCCUCAUGCGAAUGGAUUGGAGACGGCUUGGAGAGCGGAAUUCGUACACCACUCCAAGGGAUCCAUGAAGGCCAAAGAUGGCAAGAUCCCAACUGUUGGAUUCCAGAGUGAGCUUGACUCGCUCCCUGGCAUCGGGCACGCCUGCGGCCAUAACCUCAUCGCAAUCGGAGGCGUAGGCGCAGCUCUAUCAGUCGCCUCUGCCCUAGUCAAGUACGACGUGACAGGUCGGGUGGUUCUGCUUGGUACGCCCGCAGAAGAAGGUGGAGGAGGGAAAGUCAUCAUGCUUGAGGAUGGAGCUUAUGAUGGCAUGGACGCUUGUUUGAUGAUUCACCCUUGCCCUGAGGAGAUGAUUGGACCGCUGCUUGCAGUCGUGCCGAUUACGGUGUCGUUCACGGGCGCGACGGCUCAUGCUGGAGGAUUCCCUGAGCAAGGCAUCAAUGCUCAAGACGCCGCCAUCCUCUCCUACAACAACAUCUCCCUCCUCCGUCAACAACUCCCCACAACCGCCCGAGUCCACGGCAUCCUGAUUGCCGAUCCAGACUGGGCUCCCAACGUCAUUCCCGGCAAGUCCAAGAUGGUUUGGAAUGUCCGCUCCACUACCCGCUCCGAACUAGACGUCGUAAAGGCCAAAGUCCUCAAGUGUUUCCAGGCGGCAGCGCUUGCUACGGGGUGUAAGAUUGACAUUGAAGAAGGGAGAGCGUAUGAUGAUGUGAGGAAUUCACAGAGAUUGACGGAUGAUUAUGUGCAGUUCAUGAAGGAGGAGUUUGAGAUUGAGUAUGCGAGGAAGCCUGUAGCGGUCAGCACCGACUUCGGCAACAUCUCCUACCACCUCCCCUCUGUCCACCCAAUGUACAAGAUUCCAAUCGACGACCCCAAGACCCAAGGCAACCAUACCGUCGGCUUCACCUCUGCCUCUCGCACUCCCGCCGCUCACGAAGCAACACUCAAGGCUACAGAGGGGAUUGCAGUUCUGGGUGCGAGGGUGCUGGCCGAGGGAGAGUAUAGGGAGCUCCUUUGGAAGGAAUGGAAGGAGUGGAAAAAGGGGACGGAGGAGGAGGAGUAGAGGGAGCGCGCUGUGAGAGGCGAGCGAUGGCAGGACAGACGAGGCUGGUUGGACACUUGGCCAGAGAAUGAUCAAGCUCUUCUCCGUUGUAUGUGAUGUAGGGUGGGGUGUAUGUGUAUUUCGAGACUACAAGUACAGAGAUUUUGCGCAUGACUCGGAGGUCCCUGGGCAGGGUUUGGGCGGUGGGGUGAGCGAUCCCAGCGCUGAAGAGAUGUGAGUGAGAUGCCUGAUGAGACGAGGGAGAGACAAAGGGAC